CGCUCUGGAUAGAGGUCAAAGUCUUAUUAAGUCAGAAAGAAAUUUCCAAGGAAAACUUUGCAAGAAAAAUGGGCACCAAGGGGAAAGUUAUUAAAUGCAAAGCAGCCAUUGCCUGGGAAACAGACAAGCCCCUUUGCAUUGAAGAGAUUGAAGUAGCUCCCCCGAAGGCUCAUGAAGUUCGAAUUCAGGUAAUUGCCACUUCCAUAUGCCAUACUGAUGCCAACAGUAUUGACCCUAAAUUUAAGGAGGCUCUUUUUCCAGUGAUCCUUGGCCAUGAAUGUGCAGGAAUAGUGGAAAGUGUUGGGCCAGGAGUGACCAACUUCAAAGCAGGUGACAAAGUCAUUCCAUUCUUUGCACCUCAAUGUAAAAAAUGCAAGUUCUGUCUGAGUCCUCUCACAAAUCUUUGUGGAAAACUCAGGAAUUUUGAAACUCCUAAUAUUGAUCAAGAACUAAUGGAAGACAAAACCAGCAGGUUUACCUGCAAAGGAAAAUCAAUUUACCACUUCAUGGGAGUCAGUUCAUUCUCUCAGUACACGGUGGUGUCAGACGUCAAUCUUGCCAAAAUAGAUGACCAUGCAAACUUAGAGAGAGUUUGUCUGAUUGGAUGUGGAUUUUCAUCUGGCUAUGGGGCUGCAAUCAACACUGCCAAGGUCACACCUGGUUCUACUUGUGCUGUUUUUGGCCUAGGAGGUGUAGGUCUUUCUGCUGUAAUUGGUUGUAAAAUAGCAGGAGCUUCCAGAAUCAUAGCUAUUGACAUCAAUAGUGAAAAGUUUGCAAAGGCCAAAGCCCUAGGAGCCACUGACUGCCUCAAUCCUAGAGACCUGGAUAAACCUGUUCAGGAGGUCAUCAUUGAAUUGACCAAUGGAGGUGUGGAUUUUGCCAUUGAUUGUGCAGGAGGAUCUCAAACUAUGAGAGCAGCCCUGGACAGCACAGUAGUAGCUUGGGGAUCAUGUACUGUGGUUGGAGUAAAGUUUGGUGACAAAGGAUUGGAAGUUUCUCCAAUAGAGCUACUAUUGGGCCGCAAGAUAAAUGGAACAUUCUUUGGUGGUUGGAAAAGUGUAGAUUCUGUCCCAAAGCUGGUUAAUGACUACAAGAAUAAGAAAUUUGAUCUGGAUGCAUUGGUGACUCAUACCCUGCCUUUUGACAAAAUCAAUGAGGCAUUUGACCUGAUGCACCAAGGAAAAAGCAUCCGAACAGUCCUGACCUUUUGAAGAUGCCAGUAACAAUUUGGAAUACUAUUCAAUUGAAUCUGAACCUGUCUGAUUAAUAUAUUACCUGAGAGGAUGAACCAA